GGCUGGCAGACAGACGCCGCUGUUUCUCAGACGCCGGCUCGGGCGUGGGGCUGCUGCUCUCUGCAGCCAAACGCGGCCCUGCUCCAGCUGCUCUGCGGAACGAGCCAAUGAUCGCUCGCCUACCAGCGCCAGAGGAAAGCCGGGAGGAAGCACUGCCGGGCAGGCAGACGAUGCAGCUCCAUUUUUAGUGGCAGGCAUGAGCCUCUCAGAGAGCCCAAGAUGUCUUUCAAGAAGGAGACACCACUUGCAAAUGCUGCAUUCUGGGCUGCAAGGAAAGGAAACUUGGCACUGCUUCAGCUGUUGUUGAAUAGUGGGCGCAUCGACGUGGACUGCAAAGAUAGUCUUGGUUCAACAGCCCUUAUGGUAGCAUCAUACUAUGGCCACAAAGAAUGUGUGCGAGAACUGGUGCUGCAAGGAGCCGAUAUUAAUCUUCAGAGAGAGACUGGUGCCACUGCCCUAUUCUUUGCUGCACAACAAGGCCACAAAGAUAUAGUGAAGUUACUCUUUGAAUAUGGAGCUUCCACAGAAUUCAAAACCAAAGAUGGUGGUACUGCUUUGUUAGCUGCUUGUCAAUAUGGGCACAUAAGAGUGGUGGAAACCUUACUAAAGCAUGGGGCCAACAUACACGAUCAGCUUUAUGAUGGAGCUACUACACUUUUCCUGGCUGCUCAAGGAGGCUAUCUGGAUUUAAUUCGGUUAUUGCUGUCUUCAGGAGCAAAGGUCAACCAACCAAGGCAGGAUGGGACAGCUCCAUUGUGGAUAGCCUCUCAGAUGGGACACAGUGAGGUAGUGCGAGUCAUGCUGCUCCGAGGAGCAGAUCGAGACACUGCAAGGCAUGAUGGCACAACUGCUUUACUUAAAGCUGCAACCAAAGGAUACAAUGAUGUUAUAGAGGAAUUACUUAAAUUCUCCCCUGCACUUGGCUUACUGAAGAGGUUCUGUCUUUUUGUGGACAAAUUACUCCAUCCCAGUCUCCCAUUAAACAUCAAUUUUCAUAUGAAUGGGACAUCUGCCCUUCAUGCAGCAGUACUUGGUGGCAAUAUUAGAGCAGUAGCAUUACUCUUAGAAGCAGGAGCAGAUCCACUCCUUAAAAACAAGAAAAAUGAAUUGCCUUCAGAUCUGACAAAAAAUGAGCGCAUCCUACGUCUCCUGCAAUCUAGAGCAAAGCACAGGAAGAGUUAAUGUCCCUUGACAUUUUGAGACAGCUGAUGAAUCCUGUCCUUACUAGCCCUCAAGCAAAGCUCGUAGUCCUGUAGAACUGGAAAUGUGUUGUUGAGAUUCAAGCAUUUCCUGUCUCCUGUUCUGUGAAUGAGGUCAGGAUCUUUCAUGGAGUGGUACAGCUAAGAUAUGUUAGGCCGCUUAUGCUCACCAGGUUUUAGUUGCUGGCUUCGGGGUAGGGAAGACGGGGUCCACAAAAUAGCUUUCCUGAAAAGCAGGUCUUAUUGUACUAGAAGAAGAUCCUCUUUGCUUUAGUAUAUUAUAUACCUUGAAGUAAUCUCCUAAUCCUUCCCCAGUGUUGUAUAGGCCUUCCCAGUGAUGUGGCUGCAAUAAGCCUUAAUGCAGGUGUGGAAAAUCUAGCUCUCCUAUUGUUGCUGAACUAGAUCUUGCAGCAGCCAAGAGAAAAUUAUGAGGGGUGCUGGUAGUUACAAUUCUUUAACAUCUUGCAGGUCACAUGUUAACCGAUGUUUGUUCUAACCAUUUUUAAAGAAUAUGUUGCCUAGGCUCUGUUUACUGUCAGCCACUUUAGAUGUUGAGAUACACAAGUGCCUCCCAACUGGUUAGCGUUCUAUAAUGUGUCUGGCUUCCUUGCAGUGAUUAUUUAGACUACUUUCUUCUGCUCAGUGAUACUACGAAGAUUUGCAAUAAAAAUGGGGUAUAGAUGGUUAUAAUACGCCUUUGCUUAGGCAUACCAUUCCUGAAUUAUAGUCAUGAUAUAUAUAGUAGCAUACUGAGUUUCACUUUGUGUAUUUUAUUAUUGUUACCCUCACAGAGAUCUCUAUGCAGAUUUCUUAUUACCUAUGUAAUUUUGUUUCCCAUGUAUUUAUUUCAAUUAAGGCAUGUGUAAAUUACCACUCAUAUUUUUCCUGGAUGGAUUAGAAUGCAAAUUCAUGUUUUUCACAUCUAGGAAAAGCAAAAUUUACUGAUUGCAUUUUAUUACACAUUUUGUGUAUUACAACAAAUGUCAUGGAUGUCAGAGAGCUUUUGAAAAUGCACAAAUGUGCAUUGGUAGCAGGCCAAUAUGGACAUGAAAUAAGGAUUAAAUACAGAACUACUUCUGUGUAAUGAUUAUUUCUUAUAUCAGGAUACGUUCACCUGAACAUUUUAAUGAAUUUUUAUGAGUAUUUUGGACAAACCACUACCAUGCUUAUUUUCUGCUUCAAGAAUCCUGACCAAGUAUGUUACAGCAUCUUUCCUAUUUAAAUUAGUUUGAAAUGUGAUGCUUUUAACCAUUGUGAUUUUGUGAAUAAUUUGCUUCUCUCAUGUUUCCUUCUCUAAACAUUUAGACUAACACAAGCCUAAUACACCUUAUUUUCUAUUUAUUUUCUAUUCAGUUAUAACUAUUCCAUGGAUUUGUCCUCUUCAUCCAGAUAUUUUAUUAUGCCCACCAUCUCUGUAUUCUGUUUUAGCACUAAGCAUUCCAGCUUCUUUGGUUUAGACAUUUCUAGUACAAUGGUAUUGGCAUAUAUAAACAUCUCUACAUGGUGUAGACUUUUCUUUUAUUUGUUUGUUUGUUUGUUUGAAUAGUUUUCCCUAUGAUUCAUCAAUAUAUGUAAUGGUAUGUG